GCUAUCUCCGUAACCGAACAAACAGAUCCUUACGGUGGACAGUAUUUACGUUAACCCUGUUCCCAAACAAGUUUCUUGUACAGGUCCCCUCGUAAUGUCUUUAGGCGUUUUGCUCUUCCAACCGAUGGAUCCGAGCGGAUCGUCCACCUAGAUUCGUCUUCGUCUUGCCGCGGCGAUUUUGAUUUCGUUUCCGUAGAUCUGCCUCUCGCUCUUGGCCAAACCGGGAUUCUGUAAUCAGGUUUAUGAUGUGUGCCGGUUUGACGCGUGUUUGAAGUAAGAUGUUUUAGUGAAUCUUAUAGUAAGGGAAAACAUUCUUGAAACAUGCCUGCCCAAAAGAUCGAAACAGGUCAUGAGGACACAGUCCAUGAUGUGCAGAUGGAUUACUACGGAAAGCGUAUAGCAUCUGCCUCGUCUGACUGCACAAUCAAGAUAAUUGGCGUGAGCAACAGUGGUGGGUCACAGCACCUAGCUACCUUGACUGGGCACAGAGGUCCCGUUUGGCAGGUGGCUUGGGCACACCCAAAGUUUGGUUCGAUCCUAGCUUCAUGUUCAUAUGAUGGCCAAGUCAUAAUCUGGAAAGAAGGUAACCAAAACGAAUGGACACAGGCUCAUGUCUUCACCGAGCAUAAGUCGUCGGUCAACUCUAUUGCUUGGGCUCCCCAUGAGCUCGGACUCUCCUUGGCAUGUGGCUCAUCUGAUGGAAACAUAUCGGUUUUCACUGCCAGGGCCGAUGGCGGUUGGGAUACAACCAGGAUAGACCAAGCCCACCCAGUCGGUGUCACUUCAGUCUCAUGGGCGCCGGCCACAGCCCCAGGAGCCCUUGUUGGCUCUGGUCUGCUUGACCCGGUUUACAAGCUAGCCUCUGGUGGGUGUGACAACACAGUGAAAGUGUGGAAACUCUACAAUGGUUCGUGGAAGAUGGACUGCUUCCCGGCUCUUCAGAUGCACAGUGACUGGGUCCGGGACGUGGCUUGGGCGCCGAACUUGGGUCUGCCGAAAUCCACCAUAGCAAGUGCUUCACAAGACGGGACAGUGGUGAUAUGGACAGUGGGGAAGGAAGGUGAGAAAUGGGAAGGUAAAGUUCUGAAGGAUUUCAAGACACCGGUGUGGAGGUUGUCGUGGUCGUUGACCGGUAACUUGUUGGCUGUCUCGGACGGGAACAACAACGUGACCUUGUGGAAAGAAGCUGUUGAUGGAGAGUGGCAACAAGUCAGCGUUGUGGAGCCAUAGGUUUGGUUUUGGUGUGUUACUACCUCUCUCUCUUUCUAUUAAACAUUUUUUUUCCUUUACAGACCAGACCUGUUUGGUUCUCUCAUGCUUGAUUCGGACAUCUUUGUAUUUUCUUGAUGCAUUAAGACCAAGGAAAUUUGACCUUUUCUUUAUAACGAGAAUGAAUAUCGUGAACCAUAA